AAGUAGUAAAGUGCUACUAGCAUUGUGUAUUUUUGUGGUAUGUAUUGGAAUUGGAGUUUUUUUAAUGCAUUUUGUUGAGAAAAUUGGAUGGUUUGAUUCAUUUUAUUUUUCAUUUAUGGGAGUUACUAGUGUUGGUUAUGGUGCAAAGGUGUUUGAAUCAAUUGUUGGAAGAAUUUUUGGAUCAAUUUGGUUAGUUGUUUCUAUAAUUGUUGUUAUUAGAGUUUUUAUAUUGUUUGUUGAAGUUAGAGUUGAUGAAAGGCAAAGGAAAGUGGACAAAUGGGUGAUGGAACAAGAUGUGACAGUUGAUCAGUUUCAUGAUGGUUUUGUAAGUAAAUCAGAUUAUAUGAUAUACAAAUUGAAGGAAUUGGGAAAGAUCACAGAAAAGAGAUAUAUUGCCGAUUAACAAACAAUUUGAGAGAUUGGACACUGGUAAUUGUGGAAGAAUUACUCUUUCUAAUUUUAUA